UUCUUUUAAAAUCGUCCUUCGUGAAAGAAUUUGUGGACGAUAGUUUUAUUUCAGAAAUCUGAAAUCAUCGGCUUUCUGUAGAUUUUUUAUACAGAAUUAGUGUAACCAAUUAACUAAAAAUGCCACCAAAGUUCGAUCCGAAUGAAAUAAAAUUUGUAUACCUCCGCUGUGUUGGUGGUGAAGUAGGAGCUACAUCUUCUUUGGCUCCUAAAAUUGGACCUCUAGGUUUGUCUCCCAAGAAAAUUGGUGACGAUAUCGCAAAAGGUACUGCAGAUUGGAAGGGACUAAAAAUCACCGUUCAACUUAGAAUCCAGAAUCGUCAAGCAACCAUCUCUGUGGUACCAUCUGCAGCUUCGCUUAUAAUAAAGGCACUUAAGGAACCCCCUCGUGAUAGGAAGAAACAGAAAAAUAUAAAACACAGUGGAAAUAUCACCUUUGAUGAUGUUAUUUCCAUUGCUAGGCAAAUGAGGCCCCGUUCGAUGGCAAAAAAUCUUGCAGGAACUGUAAAAGAAGUUCUUGGCACAGCUCAGUCAGUAGGGUGUACCAUUGACAGUAAACUUCCUCACGAUGUUAUCGACGAAGUAAAUGAUGGUACUGUAGAAGUUCCAGAAGAAUAAAGUUAAAAUAAAUCAUUUUUAAGUU